UUAUAUACCCCAAGCUUCAUGUCCUCAGCAAGAGAAAACAUUUUACCAGAAAUGUGAUUAAAACUUAUUCAACUUACCUUUAUACUGGCCUGUUUGUUUACAGGUCAUGCAUCAUAUGCAAAACCUAAAUGUGUACAAAGUUAACAGACGUAUUUGACUGCUUUUGAGGAACUGUAAGCUGUUCUUUCUGGGGAUAUGUAUAUCUGUGUAUCUGUGUAAAAUGUGUAAACUUCAGACUAUUGGACAAAAAAGGUUCAUAUAUUCUAGCACAUCUGUAUUUUUCCCUUAACAUGGCUCUAGUUCAUAACAUACAUUCUUCAAACACAUCUGCAGCUUUCCCUUAACAUGGCCCCAGUUCAAACACUUUUUUUGAGUGGUGACCUCAUGCACUCUUUGAGGGUUAUCAAGUAGCUUGAAAUAGUGAAGGGAAGAGAUUCUAAUCUUAACAUAUUUAAUCUUAAAUAUUACUCAACAUAUCAGACACCCCCAUCACGCUGACCCCCUAUUGGUCCAGUGAGCAGUCAUGGAGAGUUCAGGUGCAAGGUCUCAUCAAAUGGAGGCCUUUCAGUGGGUGUGGUUUUAUUCCCACAUAUAUGCAGAGGUGAUGCAACCUCUGACUAUCACCUGUGCACGUGUGUGGGACUGUGGUCCCCUAAUGGCCCCCUUACUUGUGAAUGCUGCAGCUGUUCACUUAUGGAGAUGUAUUCCACAUUUCUCAUAAGGAACCAUGAACCAUGUAUUUUUUCCAUGAUUAUGUAAGUCUUAUAUGCUAUAUAAGCUUCUAAGACCUUGGGCUUUCUAUCACUACCUUUAGAGCUGAGGUAGAGCAAGUUCUAUAGCCAGACAGGUAAAGUUUAUAUGCGCCAUUUGAAAGAUAUAGAGACUGACUGGUAGCUUUACUGUUACCAUUGAUAUUUUCUACUAAUAUUAUGUGUUAAAUAUUAAUGCUAUGUAUUACAUAGGCCCGUAAUUAAUUCAUGCAGGGAAGAUGCGCAAAGUCUCUAUUUGUUAAGUGUUUAUUGAUAUCUUUCCUACGUUAUUUAACUCUAAUAUUAGAUGUAUUAACAAGCAUGGAUUUUUUUUCUGACUUAUUUAUUGAUUCAGUGCUAAUUUUAUAAUAUGCCUCGCACAUGAGACCAAACCAUACCAAACCAGCCAGCCAGAGUUCAUUUACGCCUGUAUCCGGUGCAGUCUACCUGUGUGUUCUCGUGUCAAGGCAGAGAGCAUGCAAGCUGUGCGGGUGCUGUUGUUGACCCUCUGUGUUACCCUGGGGGUUGGUGCCCAGUCCUUCUGGGAGGGCCGGUGCCCAGUACCUCCUGUCCAGCAGGACUUUAACAUAGCCAAGUAUUCGGGCAGGUGGUAUGGCAUCCAGAAGCUUCCAGCUGUGUUUCAAAAGGGAAAGUGUAGCCAGGCAACCUACACCCUCCAGAGUGACGGACUGGUCAAGGUCCUCAACCAGGGUCUUCUGCCUGAUGGAGAAAUCGCCAACACCAGGGGAACAGCUCGUGUGGCAGAUCUGAGUGACCCUGCCAAGCUGGAAGUGACCUUCACUGGAAGUCCACGUCCGAGGCCUUACUGGGUGCUCGCUACCGACUAUGACAGCUAUGUUCUGGUGUACUCCUGUACCAACAUCAGUGAGCAGUCCUACGUGGAGUUCGCCUGGAUCAUGGGCAGGACUCGCUCCCUCCCUGCAGACAUCAUCACAGAGCUGAAGGACAAGCUUCAUUCCCAUGGCAUCAAGACGGACAACAUGACCGUCACGGACCAGAGUGGUUGUAGUAGCAUGCCAGUGUGAUCGAGGCGGCUCCUCAUCCUCCCCUAAAGCUUUUCCAGCUCAAGUGAGAAGCGAGUGAUAUCUGUAUCUGUUACAAACAUCCUCCACAAUCCAGUAUUGAGGUGUUCACCUGAAUAAACACAAUGUGAAGUUGAGGUGAA